AUGGACGGGUCGGGUUUAAGGGAAUCACCCGUACCCGAUACCAGGCCCCAUACAGUCGCCCUCACGAUCGAUCUUAACGAAACCCCACCUCCUUCUCCUCGAGAAGAAGACUGUGAGUGUAAUGGCGAUGGGUACACGGCGGAUCACCGGUGUGGUUUGUGUGGUGAGACGGAAGGGGAGAUGGUGGUUUGCGGUGAGUGUGUAAAACAGUUUCAUGUAGUGUGUUUGGGGGGGAAGGAAGAGGAAAGGGAGUGGAAGUGUGUUAAGUGUUCGAUGGAAUGCGGUAGAGGGAAGAAGUUGCGUGGAACUGUACCUACUACCGGUAGCGGUGGUUUAGGGCUUUUGGACAUGAACGCUUCUCCGCCGCGUGAGGCUGACGGUGAUGAGGUGGGGUUUUCUGCAAUUUCGGAGCUAGCGUUACCAGCCAGUGUCCCCAAUAUGCAGGAUGCGUGUGAUAAUCUCUUUGUUGGAUUUUCUUUAACUUCUCUGAAUGGA